AUGGGUUCAGAGAAAGACCAUUACAAGGUUGAAAAGUUCGAUGGGACGAACUUUAGUUUCUGGAAGAUGCAGAUGGAGGAUUAUCUGUACCAGAAAGACUUGUACUUACCGCUCAAAGAAAAGCCAACAGACAUGAAAGAUGAAGAUUGGAAAGUUUUAGAUCGUAAAGCUCUAGGUGCGAUUCGAUUGAGUCUAUCGAGAGCAGUAGCCUUUAAUGUGAAGAAUCAAGACACGACAGCGUCUCUCAUGAAAUCCUUAUCAAAUCUCUACGAACAACCUUCUGGUGCAGAUUUGGAAGAUAUAAACAAAUUGAAGAAACAACUGUCUAGUGAAUUUGAGAUGAAGGAUUUGGGGGUAGCAAAACAGAUUCUUGGAAUGAGAAUUAACAGAGAUAAGAAGAGAGGUACAUUGCAAUUGUCUCAAGCAGAGUACAUUCGUAAGGUUCUUCAACGCUUUAGUAUGAGUGAUGCUAAACCAGUCAAAAUUCCCCUAGCCAGUCACUUUAGACUUUCCAAGGAUCAGUAUCCACAGACAGAUGAAGAAAGGGCAUACAUGGAUAAAGUUCCAUAUGCAUCUGCAAUUGGAAGUUUGAUGUAUGCUAUGGUUUGCACGAGGCCAGAUAUUGCUCAUGCAGUGGGAGCAGUUAGUAGAUUUAUGUCUAAUCCAGGCAAGCAGCAUUGGGAGGUAGUUAAAUGGAUUUUGAGGUAUCUACGAGGUACAACAGAAAAAUGUUUAUACUUUAAAAAGAGUGAUUUGAAGCUACAAGGAUAUGUUGAUGCUGACUUUGCUGGAGAGGUAGAUCAUAGAAAGAGCACUACAGGGUACGUUUUUACUUUGGGUGCUACAGCCAUUAGUUGGGUUUCCCAACUACAGAGGAUUGUGACUUUGUCUACGACUGAGGCAGAGUAUGUAGCUGUUACAGAAGCAAGCAAAGAACUGAUUUGGUUACAAGGUCUGUUAGCAGAAUUGGGGUUCAAACAAGUGUUGAAUGUGUUGCACAGUGACAGUCAGAGUGCGAUACACUUAGCCAAGAAUUCGGCAUUUCACUCGAGGACCAAGCAUAUAGGUCUACGAUAUCAUUUCAUUCGUACUUUGUUGGAUGAAGAAGUGCUGACACUUGUGAAGAUUCUUGGAAGUAAAAAUCCAGCUGACAUGUUGACCAAGCCAGUGACAAUCGAAAAACUGGAGCUGUGUUCAGCUUCAGUCGGUCUUCAUGGUUGAAGCAAAGGAAGUUGAGUGCACCGUUUUCACUAUUCAGAAGAAUUGAUGAUUGCAUGUGUUUCAGUCUUCAAGUGGGAGAUUGUUAGAAUUGUGAAGCCUG